GUUAGGGGAAGACCAGGAGGCUGAGAUGGCUGUACCCGAGGAAGAAAGAGAAGCAGCCAGGAGGCAAAUUGAAGCAGAGAGGGAUCCAGGAAGAAGAAGAAGAAAGACCGCUAGAGAGGAGAAGAGGAGGAGGAAGCACAAUUAAAGAAGUGGAGAUUGCGGAAAGGGCGCAGGAGUGGGCCGCACAUUUGAAGUUAGGGGAAGACCAGGACGCUGAGAUGGCUGUACCCGAGGAAGAAAGAGAAGCAGCCAGGAGGCAAAUUGAAGCAGAGAGGGAUCCAGUAAAGAGAGGGGCAAAGGAGGAGGAACAGCAAAUGGCGUGGAGAUACCGGUUAUCCCAAGAAAGGGUCAGGAGAUUGGAAGCGGCAGAGAGGGCGGACAAGGACCUAAGAGCGGUGGAAGUUAGGAUGGGGAAGAUCCGAGCGGAGACUGAGCUAGCAACCAAGCUAGAUACGCUGAUCCAAAGUGUAGAGGCUUUAUUAGUCGCACAACGGGAACAAAUGCAGUACGAACGCAGUCAAGACAUCAAGAUAGACGCGAUACCCGCGGGGUUCAAGGACUUCGCGUGCGACAGGAUGAAACACCUGCUGACCGAAGUGCACAUUGCGAUUAAUAGGACCCGAGAGUUUUGUACUGGCGCCAUUGAAGGCACCAAGCUAGCGGCCCCUAAGGAAGAGGAGCCGGCCCCACCACGUCGCGAGAAAGUCAAGGUCCGAUUUCCCGAACCCUUCAGUGGCAAGAAGGGUGAAGAUUUUGAUAACUGGGAGGCCAAUGUGCACUCCUAUCUGUAUCUGCAGGGAGUCACACCUGAAGACCACACUUUGGUGGCCUUCCAGGCCCUUAGAGACGAAGCAACUAGCUUUGCUAGGUCGCUAGCCCGCGCUGCCAACUGCGAUAACGAUAUGGUUACAUACUCCAGACUGACACCCCUCUCCGACUUCCUGAAAGCCCUCAGGGAGCGGUUUUCUGAUGUCACGCGGGGCCUUAAGGCCUCAGAUAAACUCCAAAUGAUCCACACUCGCCAGUGGAAGACUGUGCAUGCGCUAAAGUUCGCUAUGGACGAACUGAUUGCGGUCCCUGGGCAUGGAGUCAUUGAUGUGCAACUCCUUAACCUCUUCUACCGCGCUCUGCCUGAAAAUAUUCAGGGACACUUCUUCGAGAAGAAGAAUCAGCAGGGCAUGACUUACGAUACACUUAGUCGGGAGGCAGUUGCAUUUGCCGCCCAAGCGUCGCCAGUUACCACGUUCUGGCACAAGGAUCUGUCUAAGGGAAAAACGUGGAAGGGACGCACCAUCUCAGGCCAAAUCAAGGCCAAAGAUAAUCUGAUCUUAACGAUGGAGGAAGGUGGUGCAGAGGAGGUUCCCUACUCUGACAUCGAGUGGGGAUUAAAGGAGGACAACAGCGCAGGCCAGGGGAGAACCUACGCUGCUGUCGCGGCUGGAGGGAGGCCGCAAGGAGGACAACGGUCCGGCCCAAACACCCGGCGCGACACCUCCACUAUGCCGUACACAAAGGAGGAGGAGGCGAAGAUGGCCGCCAUCCUGCAAGAGAGGAAGGAGAAGGAGGCCAAGAAGAAGAAGGAGGCUAAGAAGAAGGCCCUGCAGGAGGAGCAGGCGGCAGAGUUGAGAAAGAUAGAGGAGGAGAUGGCCAGGGAGAAGGAAAGAUUGAAAAAGGAAGAAGAGCAGAAGCUGAAGGAGGUGGAAGAAGAAGAGGAGGAAGAUGAUCAGUCACUGGAGAGGAGAAGAGAACAGCGAGGGCAGUACAGUGGCAGCAAAGAUGAUGAGAUGGAGAAGCGGAUCUCAGAGUGGGUCGCCAACUUUUCCCUGGGAGAAGAAGAAGAGGUAGCCAUGUAUAUCCCCAAGGACGAGCAGGAAGCCGCUAUGAAGGAGUGGGAAGCAGAAAGGGAUGUUGUGAGGCGGCAUGCAAUGGAGGAUGAAAAAAGGAUGGAGUGGAAGUUGAGAGUGAUGAGGGAAAAGAAGARGAAAKUGGACGCGGCGAYUGACGCGGUYAARGACCUAGGGGAGAUGMAGCAACUAACCSUGARGUUGACCCCUCAGGUAGACCUUGAGAAAAAGGUAGAACUCAUUGCCCAGACUGUCGAGCGCUUAGCCCGGAUACAAGAACAACAGUACGAUUUUAGUCGAAGCCAGGACAUGGUUGUGCGCUCCAUACGAAUGGGGUUUCGGGACUUUGCUCGCGAAUUGGUAGGCGCGAUAGGAUCCGAGGUGAAUCAUCCCCUCGAGAAGACUGAACGAUUUUGCGCUGGCGCCAUUGAGGGCGUCAAGGCGGCAGCUCCCAAGGAGGAGGAACCACGCCCGCCGCGUAGAGAGCCAGUCAAGGUCAAAUUCCCUGAUUCCUACAGUGGGAAGAGGGAAGAGAACUUUGAUAACUGGGAGGCCAACGUUAAGACCUACAUGCAUUUGCAACAGGUCUCCCCGGAUCAGCAAGUUCUAAUUGCGAUCCACGCACUUAGAGAUGAGGCCGCCAGUUUCGCAAGAUCCCUUGUUCGCGCUGCCAACUGCAGUGACGAUCCCGUUGCCUAUUCGGCAUUUACUUCCCUCACUGAGUUCAUGAGAUUGCUGCGCGAGCGAUUUGCAGAUGUCGCUCGAAGUGUCAAGGCCUCAGACAGGCUCCAGACAAUCCACGCUCGUAAGUGGAAGAGUGCCAGGGCACUCAAGAGCACGAUGGAUGAAUUAAUUGCUGUUCCUGACCAUGGGGUCACAGACACCCAAUUGGUCGGCCUCUUCUACCGGGCUAUCCCCGAAGCCUUGCGAGGGCACUUCCUCGCGAAGAGCGAAGAUCCGGCCACUACGUAUGAUUCUCUUAGUCGUGAAGUGGUGGCGUUUGAAGCCAAGUCUGCAUCUGUGUCUACCUUCUUGCACAAAGACUUGGAUAAGGGAAAGCAAUGGAAGGGCCGCACUAUCUUUGGGCAAGUGAAGACUAAGGAUAACCUUGUCCUAACUCUAGACGAGGGUAGUGUGGAUGAGAUCCCCUACGACCAGAUUGAGUGGGGGUUAGAGGAGGAUGACAGCGGUGUGGUCCACGAGAGAACUUACGCUGCUGUCGCGGCUGGAGGGAGGCCGCAAGGAGGAGGACGAGGCCAGGGCCAAGGGGGCCGGGCCUCAGGGAGCCGUUUCCAGGGCGAUCAGGGGGUUGGCGGUAGAGCAGGAAACCGCCAAGCGGGAGGCAGGGGUCAAGGUCCCCCGCAAAACCGUCCUAGGAAUAGGUCCCCUAUAGGAGGAUGGCACCCAGGGCUACCUCCGGAGGGAGUCCAGGCGUAUUUCCGCCUAGAGAAAGAUGGGAAGGUGGAGAAGGUCCUCCACUCCCUGACUCUCCUCGUAGAGGACAGCCUCCCGUUUGAUAUUGUGCUGGGAAUGGAUUGGGGAGAGGCAGUUGGGGCCACGCUCCAUUUGAAGGAGCACGAGUGUAGGCUCCCUAGUGCUGCAGGCGAGGCUAAGAUUGCCCGCCUGUUCCAUGUGUCAGGAGUAGAGAAUUCAUUGGCACACUGCUGCCUCAGUGCCCUUGCGUUCGCCAGAUUAGUGAAGAAGGAGCACUUAGAGGAACAGGUCUUUGUUGCUUAUGUUAGGCCAGUCACUGAGCCUAAGGAAGAGAAGCCCGUAGACCCUGCUAUUGCUAAAUUGCUGGAAGAGUGUAAGGAUUUGACUGAGCCGCCGACAGGCAUCCAACACCGUAUUGAGAUAGAGCGUGGCAGUAGAACUCCUAAGGGUGCUGUAUACCGGAUGUCCCCGCGGGAGUUAGAGGAGUUGCGGAAGCAGUUGGACGAGCUCCUUGAAAAGGGUUGGAUUAGGCCCUGUUCCAGGGCCCUCGAAGAACAUCAGGGUCAUCUCAGGCAGGUCUUGGAGAAGCUGAGGGAAGCUAACUUCAAGAUCAAUGCAAAGAAGUGCGAUUGGGCAAAGACCCAAGUUCUGUACCUAGGCCACGUCUUUGACGGAGACGGCAUUAAGCCAGAGGAUAGCAAGAUCGCAGCGAUUAGAGAUUGGCCCACACCACGUACGCUGACAGAGUUGCGCUCGUUCCUGGGCCUAGCUAAUUACUAUAGGAAGUUCGUGAGGAACUUCUCCACCAUCGCUGCGCCCCUUCGCAGAUUGCUGAGAAAGAAGACCAUCUGGAAGUGGGAUAAGGACUGCACGCCUGCCAUGAAGAAGUUAAAGCAAGCAUUGAUAGAGUAUCCAAUCCUUAAAGUUGCCGACCCGUCCUUUCCCUUUGUCAUCACAACUGAUGCAAGUCAAUACUGCAUAGGCGCAGUGUUGCAGCUAGACGAUGGCAAUGGGUAUAGACCCGUAGAGUUCAUGUCCGCCAGGAUGCCUUCAGAGAAGGUCGCGACAUCGACCUAUGAGAGGGAACUCUACGCUCUCAGGCAAGCCUUAGACCACUGGAAGCACUACUUGCUUGGGAGGCAUUUCAAAGUCUAUUCUGACCACGAAACGUUACGAUGGUUAAAGACGCAGGCCAAGAUAACACCUAAGCUUACUAGGUGGGCCACAGAGAUAGAUCAGUACGACUUCGAGCUCAAGCCUGUCAAAGGGAAGUACAACGUAAUCGCGGAUGCUCUGAGUAGGAGGGCAGAUUACUUUGGGGCAAUAGUACACUAUCUUGAUAUAGGGAAGGAUCUGCAACAAAAGGUUAGAGAGGCCUAUGCGCAGGACCCUAUCUAUAGUGAGCUCCUUAAGAAGGUCAAGGAGGCCCCAGAGACUGAGCCGAACUACCGCAGUACUGAAGGGCUGUUCUUUGAGAAGACUAAUGUAUUUGACCGUCUGUGCAUUCCCAAUAGCGAAGAGAUUCGUAGUCUGAUUUUGGGCGAAUGCCAUGACACAGAGGGUCAUUUUGGUUGGCAAAAGACCUUAGCCAAUCAGAUGCGCGCGUAUACCUGGCCAGGGAUGAAGAAUGACUGCAUAGAGUAUGUUCGCAGUUGUAAGGUCUGCCAGCGUAACAAGAGUUCUACGCGUGCCCCGUUAGGUCUUCUCAGACCCUUACCCAUUCCGGACCAACCGGGAGACUCAGUGUCCAUCGACUUCAUGGACACUCAGGUCAAGAGCAGGCAUGGCAAGAGCCAAGUCAUGGUCAUAGUUGACCGAUUUAGUAAGUACGCAGUCUUUAUUCCUUUGCCGUCAGAGGCACGUACUGAUUUAGUCAUUCAGAGGUUCUUUGACUGUUGGGUUAGUGAGAAUGGAAUCCCGCUGUCAAUAGUUAGCGAUAGAGAUAGUCGCUUUACCAGCCAGAACUGGCAAGAACUCAUGGGAGUGUAUGGAUCCGAGUUGUUGAUGUCGUCUGGCCGUCAUCCAGAGACUAACGGUCAGAUAGAGCAACUGAACAAGAUCCUACAGCAAGUUCAGCGCAUGUACAUUAGGCCAGAUCAGAUUAACUGGGAUGAGAUGUUACCUAAGGUAGCUAGUGCAUAUAAUAACAGCGUGCAUCUGUCCACCUGCCGCACUCCCAACGAACUGCACAAGUCCUUUAGGCCCCGUAGACCGUUUGAAGGACUUAGCCGGGAUCAGAUUCACAGAUUGCCGCCCGGGAUGAGGGAGUUUGCUGUGCAACACGAGAAAGAACUAGCUACUGUAGUAGAGAACCUCAGAAAGGCCCAGCACAGGAUGAUAGAACAAGCCAAUAAGCAUCGUCGCCCCUCACAGUUCCAAGUAGGCGACUUAGUCUGGGUCAGUUCUAAAGAGUUUGCACCUGAGGAGAACAUCUCGCAGAARUUACUGCCCACCUAUAGAGGACCGUGGCCAGUCUUAGAAGUCAAGGGCGGCGAAGAUGGACCGUCCUAUACCAUAGAACUUCCAGCACAUCUCCACACGUAUCCAGUUUUCCAUGCAUCAAAGUUGUUACCGUAUCAAACAAGUGAUCAGUUUCCAUCCCGUAGGUCCAUGAUCCCACCGGAUAUGGAUGGAAGAUACGACAUUGAUGGGAUAGUGGCUGAAGAUGUCUUCAGGACUGGAGGUACCUCGAAGACGAAGCUGGAGCAAUGGCACUGCAGUCUGCGACUGGACAUCCCUCCAGAGAAAAAGGGUGAAAAGGCAUUGCUUGAAAAUGGCCGCCGAAGGCCGGAAAAGACAUUGGCAUUCGGGAGGCCACUAGGUGACUGUUUGGCAGCAACUGCUCCAUGGCAUGGGCAGAACACUGUACCCAUGCAACAGACAGCUGCUGCCGAGUUGUCAUGCGCCACCCAAAGAUUAUGGCACAGCCAACGCAUCGGAACUUCCUGUCGCAUACAUAGUAUGACGACUGCGACUCUUGCUCCUACAGCAGUUAGUUCCAUGGUUGGGAGGAUGUGGCAUAAGGCAGUUUGCUCCUCUCACCACUGCCACCUGUCAAUAUGGCAGCAAGUUCUGGGCAAAGGGGCAAAGCGUAGAAUCGACCAAAGCAGCGCUGGCAUCGGUGAGCAGCUAAUGGGAUCCCAUGCCCAUGAGGGCAAAUUUGAGGGCAAAUUAAAACUGGUCGUGAACCGAGCCAUAUCAUUUUUGGCUGUUGAGAGUCGGGAUCCAGUCAGCAGAUUGACUCCUAGGAAGCACUACUGCUGGUACAUGGCGGAAAACGUUUGCCUGCGAUGUUACGUUCAGAGAUCACAGAUUGAGUUUUUGAACCAAGUGUCGUCUAACGGUGCCUCUCUUACCCGUAACUGUCGUCAUCACCCCCAAGGCAGUCAUCAUCCUCCGCCUCAUGGUCGACGGAUGCCAUUUCUUCAACAUGAUUGGUCUCAACCAAUGGAUUUGAUUCCCAAGUCAGCAUAUGGAACAGGUGUCCAUGAGGAAGAUGCCAGCAACUCUGGGCGAGUAGUUCUACAAUCAGCGGUCGGCCACAUUGGCUAUGGCUGGGGAGAGCCUGCUGCUUGCAUGCUGGGUUUAACUGCCAUCGGUGGCUCUCUCUAUCUUUUGGCUGGAAGACGAAAUGUGCCAGUCUCUGUCCGAGACGUAAAGUACACGGGCAUGGGAUGGACCCGGCGGAGAUGUUGGCCCUUGGGUGUCCGCAUUGCUACCUUUACAGCAGGCGGACGAGAGGGUGAAGAGGACGGUGAUUUUCGUGGUCCUGUCAUCGCUCAGUCUGCUGAGGGUUCAAAGCCGCCGGUUGUGACAGUUGCCGAGACAUUGUCUGGACAGCAUCCUGGCGGUCCCAAGCUUGAUAGCCCUGGGAUUGGGAGCAGGAGGAUCGAUCCAGAGGUCUUGCCAAGGAGAGAUGCACGUUUUGCCCAAGCUCUAUACCAGGAUCAUGACCAGGAACAGAAGGUGUUGACUUCCUUCAACACCCAGCCUGUUGUGGCACGGGGACAAUGCUGUAUAGUCAGGGAAGCUACCCAAGAAGAACUCCUUGCGGUUGCAGAGGUGCAGGCAUCAUCCUUUCACACACCCUACCGGUUUGAACCGCUCGAUCGGUUCUUCUACAUGCUCUUCAAGUUCUCUGCUGGAGUUGAGCUGCUGCGGUUCUCUGCAGGAGUCGAGAAGCUGCCCUCUGCUGGAGUCGAGCUGCUGCACUCUGCUGGAGUUGAGCUACUGCGCUUUCCUGGAGUCUUAGCAGCUGCAGCUCUGCUGGAGUCUAGCUUCUGCAGUCUGCUGGAGUCGAGCUGCCACACUCUGCUGAAGUCGAGCUGUUGCACUCUGCUGGAGUCGAGCUGCUGCAGUUCUCUGCUGGAUUCAAGCCGUUGCACUCUGCCGGAUUCCAGCUAUUGUGCUCUGCUGAAGUCCAGCUGCUGGGCUCGCCUACCUUCUUCCCCUGAGAAGAACAUAUGGUACAUCGAAGACGAAGCUGGAGUUAUGGCGCCACAGAGAGCCAAAUAUGAAAUUAUUCAAAGAGAAAGUGGUUCCUCGAGGAGGAGGAGGAUGGUGUUAGUGGCAGUUCGCACGGAGACGGACGUGCUAGAAGAUGACAUGAGGACGAGGGAAGGAGGCUCUAUCGAAGAGGAAGAGGAAGCGACCUCGCAGCGGAUAUCUGCAGACAUUAACGGAGGUCCGUACAGUCGACCAGCCGGCGAAGAUAAGGAGGUCGAGAUCAUUGGUGCAGUGAACCUAACCGUUUCCAAGGACUAUGAUGUACUCCGCCACCUUGACGGAGGAGUCGAGGAGUUUUUGUACGUAAGUGGAAUGGCAGUGUUGGAGAGGUACAGACAGAAAAAGAUCGGCAUGCUCCUACUCAUGGCUGCAGAGAAGACGGCCAGGGGGUGGGGAUACCGUCGCCUAUAUCUUAAUGUAUACGACGACAACUUGCCGGCUAGACGACUUUACGAGAAAGUUGGGUACCAAGUAUUGGCUCGCUACGGUCUUUGGCAGUCCAAUAUCUUCGGUAUGAAAAGGCGCAUUUUAAUGACGAAGGAGAUCUGAAUGUUGGUAGCCACUUGGAUUUUUUAUUUCCMCCCCCCCUCCCCCCCCCCUUCAAUCAUCGUUUCAGGGCCCUCCUUCUGCCUCCUGGGUGGUAUGAGCCCCAGGAGAUAGAAAGUGGCACUGGUUCUGGGAGUAAGCAAAAUCUAUCUUUAUUACUCCUUAAACUAUUAAAUUCGAUUAAUCAACAGUGCUAUUUUAC